GUCAGGAACUGGCCAGGAGCGGACGGCAUUGAAGGAAUCUCAAAACUUUUCCAACACACAGUGCCGCUCUGGUCUGUUUACUGUUUAACUUCGCCUCAGGCUUGUUCCCGAAUGUGAAAACAAAGUUCAAGUUGCCGUACUGUGUGCGUCGGUGAUGAAGUGGAUGCUGCCGCUUGGAAGAAGAAAACUUGCGAGAGGAAAAACUUAUGGAAUGAUGCACGAGCGACUGCAUCCCUCCCUCCAAAGUUCAGCUAAGGUGGCUAACGUUAGCUAGCGCAGGACUCAGCUGGCUAACUCUAAUGUGAACAUUUGGAUAACGUUAAACCUUUGCCCAUCCGUCAAAACAAGUAGGAACACAUCACUUGGUAUAGGAGAGAAAGCCGUGACGUUAACUAACGGUAGUGCAUGUGGCAAACUAAAAGCUUUCAUCCUUGGCUUGUUAUCUUAGCCGCACCAGGUUACAGUAUCAAGCUAUCAUUUUUAGCCAAGUGGAGCUAGCAGACAGACAACUAGCCAAUUGGAAAGUGAAGUUAACUAGCUAUACUGUUCGGUUACUGUAGUUAGCGUUAGUUCGGUGAGAAAUGACAUUCACACACCCCUGCUGCUCUUCAAAAUAAAAAAGGCUCCAGCAUUUUUAAGGUUUCUGGAAGUUGAACAAGUUUAACUAAAUGGAAUCAACAAAAGUUGAAUUCUACCCGAGGAGAUGAGAAAAGGAGCGAUAAACCUCACGACAAUAGCAUGAGAAAGUAAUAUCGGAGCCGGAUGUCCUUACUCGUGUCAUCAUUAUCACCCUGAGUUGUGGCUCUAAAAGGCGGUAGGAAUGUCAUGGACAUACAGAUAAUACAUUUGGCAGAGUUAGUAGAGAAGAGCUGUAUUGACUCCCUUCGACAAGGUUUGUGACUUUUGAAGAAGUCUUUUGAGUGAGAGUUUUGAGGCAAACAAAGCCACUUACAGUCAGCCCUGCAUUUCUCCCACCUUUUCUUGCAUUAUCUUUUUGGUCAAAUCUCUGCCUCUUUAUCAAAGACUUUCUGGGGGGGCGCAUUCUGCAGUUUGGAGCUUUUGGAGCCUUUUUGCAUCAUUAUCACCAUUGUUCAUCAUCACCCACAUCCAGAGGGCCUGCAUCUUGGAUGAAGUUGGGAGUUCUAUAAUGAAAGUGACAGUGACAUUUGGGCAGACAGGUGUGGUGGUGCCCUGCAAGGAGGGGUGGACUGUGAGGGACCUCAUCCAGCAAGCCACACAGAGAUACAGAAAACUCCUGGAACAGGAAGGCGAUUUCCUGGUUCGGACCCACCAUGUCGAGUACUGUGAUGGGGGGAUUCUGGACCCCGAUGAUAUUCUCAGUGAUCUGGUCGAAGACAAGGACAAGCUGAUGGCGGUGUAUGAGGAGCAGGAAGCCCAGCAGAGGGGUGUGGCUAGCACAAGGCUAGCACCCAGCCCUGACCUCUACCAAUCCGAGCUCUCUGUCUUCCAGACAAUCGCAGGGGGAGAGAUUGAAGUCAAUUCGUCAGCCCUAAAGUCCAACACCCCCCUGUUGGUGAGAAGCAGCAGCGACUCAGCCCUCAGCCCCCAGCCGACAGAGCCCGAACACUCCCUCAAUGAGGACACCGCUGGGAUGACAGCCAGUCCUGCUGCAGCCGCUGUGGAGAGACCAGCAGGGGUAGACCGACCUCAAGGCAAAAACACCUUCAGUGGCAGCCUGACUAGAACAGUGGAGCUCCUUGGAGAGGACAGUCCCCUGGGAAUCCAUGUGGUUCCUUACAGCUCAUCACUCAGUGGACGGUCUCUUGGUCUGUACAUCCGUGGAGUAGAGGAAGAGAGUCGCUCGAGAAAAGAGGGCUUGUUUCAGGAGGAUGAGUGCAUUGUCAUGAUCAACAACACCGACCUCUUGGACAAGACAUUCAGCCAAGCCCAGGAAGUGUUCCGUCAGGCAAUGCGUUCCCCUGUUGUCCGCUUGGGCGUAGUUCCCUCUGCUAACAGAGAACGCUAUGAGAAGAGUCUGAUUGGUCAGCUUUUUGGCUACAAUGCCGUUCCCAACAGCAGCCCCCGAAUCGCCAAGACAAAAGAGCCACCUCCACCUGUCAAAGCCAAACCUGUGUUUAAGGCCUCUGAGAAUCCAACCAAUCGAUUGGCAGAAGAAGCUGCCACUGUGGAAGCCGCUGUAAGUACACCCAAGGGGAGGAGUGACAGCCCCCUCCAUAAGAAAAGCCCUGCCCUCUCCAGCUUGGUGACCAGUAAGAGUGUAGGACGAAGACUGAGGAUCGAUCUAAAGAAAGGCACAGAAGGUCUUGGUUUUACUGUAGUAACCAGAGAUGCUUCAGUCCACGGUCUUGGUCCUAUUCUAGUCAAAAACAUUCUGGCACGUGGAGCCGCUGUCAAAGAUGGACGCCUGCAGUCUGGAGACCGAAUACUUGAGGUCAACGGCGUGGAUAUCACAGGUGUGGGCCAAGAAGAGUUGGUGUGUAUGCUACGCUCCACGCGGCAAGGAGAGAGUGUGUGUCUUGUGGUCCUACGGCAGGAAGACAUCUGUCUGCCUAGAGAGAUGAAGGACGAGAUAUCCCGUGUGACAGGCUUUGUUCUGGAGAACGGGAAGGAGCAGCUCAUGUUUGAGGUGCCCCUUAAUGACACCGGCUCGGCAGGCCUGGGCAUCAGCCUCAAAGGAAACAAGUCCAGGGAGACGGGAGAGGACCUGGGCAUCUUCAUUAAAUCCAUAAUACAUGGCGGGGCAGCAUACAAGGAUGGGCGUCUGUGUGUCAAUGACCAGAUGGUAGCAGUAAACGGAGAGUCGCUGCUGGGACGCUCCAAUCAUGUGGCCAUGGAGACGCUUCGCCGCUCUAUGUCACAGGAGGGAAACGUAAGGGGGACAAUCCAACUAGUGGUGCUGAGGACUCAAAAGGAUCAGCAUGGGGUAUCACCCAAUCGCUCAUUUGACAGCUCCUCUGGCCUGUCAGGACUGCUGGGUCCAGUGAAUGGUCAGACUAACGCUAGUCACUCUCCCAUGGUGAACAACAUUCUUUAUUCAUCUAAUGUGACCAAUGGGAGUUAUUCUUACAUGGACGAGGAAGAGAAGGGCGAGCUGUAUGGACAUGAAACAGAGUUCAGCAGUACUAACCAACACUCCUAUCUUCAAGAAAGGGAAAACUCUCACACCUCUAGCCAUGCUCAGCCCCAGUCUCCUACCCAGAAUCAGGACCAGUGGCAGUUCCAGCAUGUUAAAGCCUCGAAAAGCAUGGACUUGGGUACGACUCAGAACCAGCAGCACACUGUGGCAGAUGAAAGCAAUGUUGGAUCCUUGGUUGGAAACACUGCAGCUCAAUCAACGCCUGUGGAACUCGGCCCUACCCUCGGUCUGAAGAAGUCCAGUUCCUUGGAGAGUCUCCAGACAGCCAUGUCAGAGGUUAACAGAAAAAACGAACUCCUCCCCUUCCAUCGACCUCGCCCAAAUAUGGUCAGAGGAAGAGGCUGCAACGAGAGCUUCCGAGCAGCUAUUGAUAAAUCCUAUGAUGGACCACCUGAAGAUGACGAUGAUGAUGGUUCGGAGCAGAGUUCAGGCCGGGACACCCCGGCAAGUAGUUCAUCCCGCCAGGGUAUGGAGGAUCAAACAGAGGAAAAAGGCAAACAAGACAAGAAAAAGAAAACAAAAACAAAGAAGAAGGAAAAGAACAAGGGGAAAGUAAAAGAGAAAGGGAAAAAGAAAGCAGAGGAGACUGAGGACACAGAGAAAAAGAGCAAGAAAAUAGGCUUUGGCCUUCUGAGAUUCGGGAAGAGAAAAGAAGAGAAGAAGGACUCAAAAACAGCUCUCCAGCAACAGAAGUCAGGCCUUCUGAGUGAUCAUGAGUUCGAGAGGAUGAAAGAUGAGAGGGAAAGGAUUGAGGCAGGGCAUCCUGAGCUGCGAGAUCAACGGCUCAGAGACCAGCAAGGUGGCGAUGGCGGCUCAGCGUUUCCGGAUGUUGAAGAUGACGACACAGACCCCAACUAUGCCCGAAUACAGUCCUUCAGGAACCGUGAAAUGGGUCCAAUGCCGCUGCCACCUUCUCAGUCACCUCCCUACAGUACAAUUCAGCACACCCAUCCUGGCACCCCUUCUCCCCAAGGCCGUUCUACCUUACCAGGGCAUGGAAAUCAUGGUAACGACCCUGGAGCCAUCCCUGAUGGUGACCCCCUUGAUAGGCUGUACGCCAAAGUCAAUAAACCAAGGGGAGCUGGAACUACAUCCCCUCCUGUCUCUGCUACUGCUAAUGACAGCAGUGUGGACAGAAUCCAGCAGCUAAGAAGAGAAUACCAGCAGGCAAGGAGAGAAGGAAUAGUGCCGCCUUAUGAAGAACUGGACCCACGACGCAGAGGACAUGAAAACAAUGCACACAGGAUGCCAGGCAGAGGGACAGAUCAUCGGUUGGCACCAGGUUAUGAAGAGGUGGAACGUCAGUAUGCCUCCUUACCAAGACGAGGUCCGUUGGAUCAAGCUGACUACCCCAUGCAGCACUGGUCAGGUCAUUAUCCCGGACCUCCUCAGGCCCCACAGGGGUACCCUCAGUCCUCAUCCUACCCUACACCCAACUCCCAGUCUGCCCAAUCCUACCCUAACCCCAGCUCCCAGUCUGCCCCAUCCUACCCAAACCCCAACUCCCAGUCCGCCCCAUCCUACCCAAACCCCAACUCCCAGUCUGCCCAAUCCUACCCUAACCCCAAUUCCCAGUUUGCCCCAUCCUACCCUAACCCCAACUCCCAGUCUGCUCAAUCUUACUCCGGCUACCCACUUGGUCAGCCAUUUGCACGGCCAGGGGACCCUCGGAGUGUCGACCCUGGGUACUACCCCCACCCAAGCUCCCAGCAGAGAGGCCCCAUGCGGCAGGAUGUGCCCCCGUCUCCUACCCCGCCACUUCGUGGACCACGUUACGACACAUUGACCCGUGGAACCAGGGGUGGAGGUUACAGGCACCUGGUGGAUCCCAGUCCAGACCAAUAUGGCUAUACUGGGGAGGGAGGAAGACAGCAACAGCAACACCAAACCAACCCAAGACAAAAGAAUGCCAUGACUGCAGCUGUGUAAACCAUUCAAGUCCAGGGAUGAAAAUGAGCAGAAUGCUAACUGCUUUUCUUUGUGCAGCUCUUCUGUUUGCGGUACUCCAAUGAAAUAGAUUUGUAACCUCUUAAUGGUGUGAUUUAAAUCACCAUCAUUAUCAAACGCAGUCUACAAUGUUUGAAGUAUAUGGUAAUACACAGAGAAGCAAGGUAAAGGAGGUUAAUUAUAGAGUGGCCCGGCGUGAUGCGUAAUGGCUGGUUGUUUGAAGUCAUUUUAUUGCUUCUUGCAGUAUAACAUUAGCAGGCUUUUUACUUUUCACUAUAGCCUACUCUGAUUAAGUUGUCUCUUUCACAAAUCAGUCCAAGUCCCGAAGGUAAUUGGAUUCAUUUAAAUUAAGGCGUUAAUACAGCUCUACACAUUCUCAUAUUGUACCUGGUGGUUUCAAUGCAGCCACAAAAAACAAGACAAAACAAAAAAUAUUCUACAAUGUGUCAUUGAGUAACAUGUUAACCUUGUGGCUGUGUGGCCAUUCAUAGAAAGAAAUGACAGCUUUUAACGUCAGUA